CAUUGUACGCUGAGAGGGAUGGAUUAGUGAAGGUGGAUGCGGUGGAUUCUCUAAAAGAGAUCGCAGAAAGAGUGAACUGCCUUGGGGAGGCUGUACCUGAAUUCUAUUCUGAGCUGAGUUGAGAGCUUUACAUAAGUUGAAAUCUCCCUUGUUUUCUCAGACAAGCAAGCACGACGCAGUCACGCCAUGUCUUCUGAUUUGGAUGAGUUCCGGGAGCAUCUGCUAGUGAUAGAUGUGGAUGCUCAGACUCAGAUUGACAAGCCUUCCAAAUUUCAGAUUCGAAAUCUUAUCAAAGUCUCCGAUGCCGGAGUUCCAAUUCUCAGGGGCAUUGACUUGGACGUUCCCAACGGCGUGAUCCUCGGUGUCGUCGGACCUAGCGGUAGCGGCAAAUCGACGCUUCUCAGGGCCUUGAACCGCCUCUGGGAGCCUCCCUCCGGCACCGUCUUUCUCGAUCAUUCCGAUAUCUGCGAUCUCGAUGUUCUCUCCCUCCGCCGUAAGGUCGGCAUGCUCUUCCAGCUCCCUGCCCUCUUCGAAGGCACGGUGGCAGACAAUGUGAGGUAUGGACCACAACUCAGAGGAAAAAAGCUCACUGAUGAUGAGGUGCGCAAGUUGCUGACAAUAGCAGAUCUUGAUGCUUCUUUCAUGAACAAGAAGGGUUCUGAACUUUCUGUUGGCCAAGCUCAAAGAGUAGCACUUGCCAGGACCUUAGCUAACUCCCCUGAGGUUUUACUACUGGAUGAGCCAACCAGUGCGCUAGAUCCAAUAUCAACUGAGAACAUAGAGGAUGCUCUAAUGAAGCUGAACAAGAACAGUGGUAUGACAGUGAUAAUAGUCUCUCACAGCAUCAAACAGAUACAGAGGAUAGCUGACCUGGUGUGCCUGCUUGUUGAUGGUCAAAUUGUUGAAGUUCUGAAGCCUCAUCAACUGUCCCAAGCCAAGCAUCCCAUGGCCCAAAAAUUUCUUCAGCUAAGUUCCUAGAUACAACCAGCGAUGCCGGGGAUGAGUUUGGUGACAAGAAUAACCUCUAAUCAAAGCUUCUCAUCUAAGGCUUCAAUUCUUGCAUUCUAGCCUCUAAUCCACAGACAUUCAAGCUUGAAGCUCGUCGUUCUCGCUCUCCUGCUGAAGCCUAAAGCUCGCUGUUCUGAGGUUGUGCUCUUUCACAACACUAAUAGAGCUUAAAUAUACAAUUUCCUCAAUAGGGAAUAAGGACAACAUAUACUUUUUUACUUCUUCAAUCACAACUAACAUAUAAGCUACUAUAACUCUAUCCAUAAAAUAUGAAGAAUUAUAUAAAUUGUUAAGCUUGUAUACUUAUUUACUUCAUGUGUAUGAGAAUAUUAGUCUUUUUGAAGAAUGAUAAACAAUUAUUCCAAAA